CUGCACUUUCAGCUCAGCGACCUGCAGGACAGUCCAGCGCUCGACACCCCUCCUCUAAGCCGACCCCCGACCCGAAAAACACCCCCCAUCUCCCAUCCCCCUUUACCCCACCAGGAGGAAAGUUGGGCCCAACUUUUCAGAAGAGGCUUUGAAGGGCUUCUCCCUUCCCGCAGCGCAGCCGGGUGGAGAGACCCCCUGCCCAGGAAAAAAGAAAAUCCAAAAGAAGGGGGGGCAGGAGGACCCUCGGACCCCACACUCAAAGAGCCCACUAGCCCGGGAGCCCCCUGGCCCAGGAGCAAGUUGCAGAACAGUGGCCAACGUGGUGCAAUGUGACCGUUCCGAGGAUCGGAAAUAGCUUUUUUCGUGGUGGCUUUUUCCUUCCCGCUGCUUUUUUCCCCACCCCCCACCCCCCCUUUUUUUUGGGAAUGCGAACCAAAGUGUGACAGCCAUUCGACAACCAACCGCACCUCCCGGGAGUUAUAUUUAUUGCAGGUUCAACCUCUCUCCUCCUGGAAGCCUCAAGUUGGAGGAGUUGCUGUCGCGUCCUUUUGCUGAUUGCAUAGACACUGUUAUUUAAUUUAUUACACUGUGCGCGUGUGAGAGAGAGGGAGUGUGUGUGUGUGUGUGUGUGCGUGUGACGAGAAAGAGAGAGCAGGAAAGGAAGAGGAGCAGGAAGUAGAUUCGCCGCAUUUGGGGUGACAAGGCUGAGAGGGGACAUCCUUUUUUAUUUGUAUGUGUCAGCGCUCUGCUUCUUCAUCCAAAGAAUCAAGGCCAAGCCUCUAACGUCCCCCCGCCAGGUGAGGAAGGCAAGGAAGCAAGGAAAGGGCCAGAUCGCGACGCGAAAUGCUUAUUUAUUGAACUCCAAACUUUUCUUUUUUAAACCCAAAGAGUACCUGAAAUUUUACCCAUUGCUCGAGGAGAACAAGGCCUUCCAGGCUUCCGAUAUGCUGCUCAGUCCUUAUUCGUAAGAGGACGAGAGAUACUGACCUGAAGCAUCCUCUCCCCUCCAGCUGAUAAAUUUUUGUAUCCUAUGGAUAUUGGUCUCCAGACUACCCCUCGGGAAGAUCUGUAUUGGAUCAAGCUGCUCUGACGAUUUCAAUGCCUAAACUUCUGUGGGACUGUUGGCGUUUACUAAAUAUUGACCUGGUACUGUAUGCCAUGGGCUGUAUUCAGAGCAUCAACUGCAAAUCUAAAGUUUUCCGGGAAAGUAUUUCGGUGAUCGACGUGAAAGCUUCCAUUGAUCCCAUCCCCACCAGCAUCGAUGAGUCCUCCAGCGUGGUCCUCCGCUACAGGACUCCACACUUCCGAGCUUCCGCCCAAGUGGUCGUGCCACCCAUCCCGAAGAAGGAGACCUGGAUCGUGGGCUGGAUCCAAGCCUGCAGCCACAUGGAGUUUUACAACCACUACGGCGAUCAGGGCAUGUCGAGCUGGGAGCUCCCAGAUCUACAGGAAGGCAAAAUCCAGGCCAUCAGUGACUCCGAUGGCGUGAACUACCCCUGGUACGGCAACACCACGGAGACGUGCACCAUCGUGGGCCCUACCAAAAGAGACUCAAAAUUUAUCAUCAGCAUGAAUGACAACUUCUACCCCAGCGUCACGUGGGCGGUGCCCGUCAGCGAGAGCAACGUGGCCAAACUGACCAGUAUCCACAGGGAUCAGAGUUUCACCACCUGGCUGGUGGCCACGAACACUGCCACCAAUGACAUGGUCAUCCUCCAGACUCUCCACUGGCGCAUGAAGCUGGGCAUCGAGGUGAACCCCAGCCGGCCUCUGGGACAGCGUGCCAAGCUCCGGGAACCGACCGCCCAAGAGCCGCCUCAGAUCCUGAGCAAAAAUGAGCCAAUACCACCCAGUGCCCUUGUCAAACCCAACGCCAACGAUGCUCAGGUGCUUAUGUGGCGGCCCAAGGAUGGGCAGCCCUUGGUGGUGAUCCCACCCAAGCACCGGUAAGAAAGCAGGGCUUCUGGCUCGGGGCGGGAAACGCUGCUCUCGUCAACUACUACUACUGGUUCCAAACAAACAAAAAAUAAUAAUAUCAAAGCAAAAUCAAGAUGCACUUUGCGGUCAUUCAACAAAAUGCAACCAUUCUACCUUCUCCACCGGGACGGAAUUCACUGUGUUUGAAGCUCCAGAGAAGACCUCUGGGGGUUUUCUCGUCACCUGCUUCCUAAGGGGGGAAAUGGCCUCUCCAGAUCCAUACAACCUAUACACCAAA